GUAUGCCGGUUCCAACGGUUAGGCGUAACGAACGUGCUCCUAAAACAGGAAAAAAAAUCGAUGAAACCAAGCCCUCUGUAGCACAUCUAGGUAACAAUGACCCAGAACGACUUGACGCUUUUGAAGUCGAAGCUUGAGCUGGUUCCUCCGAGUCAACUACACUCCCUAGACGACUACGCGAUUCCUUCGCUGACGGAUCUGCAGAACAUGGAAGGUAGCCAUGCAGUGAGCGAGAUCAUCCGCACUUUAAAUGAUAUGACAACCGAGAGACGUUUGCACUGUGUUGCUUGGCUGUACUGCUGGUUAAUGUCGCGGAUAAGUAUCCAGCCAUGGUUUGCCGUUCGCUUCCGGAAAGCGUCGGUUAUUGUCCGCUUUGACGAGUGGUUGUCACGCAUGGCCACGCUGAUGCAGCAUGACGGCUUCCAUGUGACGAUGGAAAGCGACAUUAACGACGGCACCAUCUUCGCCUGUUUUCUCGUUCGAGACCUGGCGGGCCAGUCGCAUGAUCACCUGGAGUCGUUCGUGGUCAUGUGGCCUGGGCUUCCACUUGUGAUGAUGCAUGCCAUGGAGCCACGUCUGAUGAACAGCUUGCUGGGUGCUUUGAGCGAGUCAGUGGAUCGAGCACCGAUGCUCAGGCUGGACGCGCCACCUGGAAACCUUCAGGCGGUGUUUCACUCUUGCUUGUUGAAGCUAGGGAUACAGCUGACAGAGGGCACCCUUGAAGUUCCAAGUGUGGUCAUGGCCACUGAACUCCCCGGUCCACCGAACGAUGAGGAGGCGAUGCAACGGUGCAUUGGAGAGUGGAAUGCUGCCAUUGCUGCACUGGGGGAUCGUCUACAACCAUGGGUGGACAGACGGGCAGGGAACUUGCGUGCAAAUUGAAGGCCUCAACCUUUUUGACCAGCUGUGAUGUUUAUGUGUACAGUGACGAUACGGUCAUAAUCAGAUUUGUACUAUCAGCUCUUACUCGAAUCGACUAUCAUGUUGCACAAAAACACUAAAAUAGACAGAUCUUGAAGAUCUUGAAGCACUGAUUUGAGGUUAUUUCAGUCUAGUCUGUUGGCUUACUUCCAGAAGAUAAUUUAUUACCAAUGACUAUUUAGCUGUGAUAUGCACAGACACUGUUUCACCACGCACUACUCAUAUUUAUCAAGAUUGCUUGCUCAGCAAUAUGUUAAUAAUAUGUCACUAUUUAUGUUAUCAGAUAUUAUUUAAACUCAGAGUUUUAGAAAAAUGUUAGGUGACAUUUUGUCACUUUUCAUCUCUAAUCAUGGUGACAUUGCCUUUUUUUCUUGGGCAGUCAAUACUUAAAGCCAUUUUUGUAACUUUUUUUUUCUGACCUGACACAAAAUAUACGCUUUGCCAAUGUGCACAUUUUUUAAUAUUUCACAUUGUUUUGUUUACGCCAACAAUAACUACUUAUCUCUACCUCAUUACUCAUAUGCUCAUUUCAGCAUUUCCGCACAGGCAGUUAUUUACCAGUUUGUGCACAAAUAAUUUAAUGUGUGCUGCUUGUUUUUCAAAUGGUGUUAUGAAACAGCAGAGUACAAAGUAAAUAAAUGAAAUUUCAACACAAAGCAAGCUAGCAGUGGCCUUCCAAAUGAUUUUUCCUCCAUUUCCCAUUUGUGAAAUUUUGUCGCUCAUAAUGGCCUAAAAGGCUGCACAUUUUGGGACUUUCCCAGCUCUUGUUUGUAUUGUCAGUGACUAUGUUGUUGUGUGUUUAUUCUCAUCUUCUGCUUUUGCCAGUGCUAAGUGUGCACUUUCUAUUUGUUGCAAACAGAGUUGUUAAUAGCUAGUUCUUUAAGUUUUUGCAACGUUUAUCGUGAACUGCAUGAGGCUCUUUUGUGUGCUCUUCCUGUUGUUUUGAAAAUCUUGUCAUGCUAUUACUCCUUAAUUGCUGUAAUU